CGCAAACAGUUUUCAGCAUUCUCGCCAGCGAAACGGUCGACGAGCAACAAAAACGAAAAGCUGCUACAGAUACAGAUACUUUUCAUAAUUAAAAUUUUUGCGUUGUGCGAUUUAUUUAUUUACCUCCACGUUCACAUCGUCAGCCAUCUCAACGCUGUUGCCCCACCUCCCAACCACCUCCCCCGACACGAAGCGAACGACGGCAACGUUAUGUAAGGCGUCUUCAAUACAUAGUACAAAAAAUAUAAAAAAAAAACAACAUACAAAAAAAAAGUCGAGUGCAAACAGUUUGCAACGCGUGCGAAAACUAACGCAAGCCGCCAACGCAUAGGAAAGUCAAGGUCGUCGGUGUUAGCCACCCUCUGCCUCCCCCCUCGGCGUCGUCCCCCAAACGCUUAGUUACUUGCACUUGCGGAUGGUGCAAUGUAGGCGCGAAAAUCGGCAAAUCCAAUAAAACCGACUAAAUAAAAAAGAGAACAUCAAUCGAACACUUUCAAUCGACCAUCACAUUGCCUAACAUGGACAGCUGGUGGAUGCAUCACAGCGCCGAGCUGCUGACUGCCACAUGCCCCAAGGAGGCCAAUGCCACAUCGGUUUCGCUGUCGCCUUGGAGCAUCGACUGGUCACAACUUGCAGAGCAUUACGUUCACUACUAUCAACUGCUUGCAAUCUUUGCUAGUCGAGCAAGUCAACUGCUGGAUCAUGUUGUUGGCACACUUUCGCAGGAUGUGGUCUUUGUCUAUGCGGUGAAGAUUUGCAUGCUGCUCUUCUUUCUCUUCCUGAUGCAUCUAUUCAAGCGUUGGAAUACCGUUGUCGUGGUCACUGAGCAGCCAACGAAUGCCUCCGUCGAGGUGACCAAGGAGCUGAGUUGCGAGUUCAACUUUGUGUCCGAGCAGGAGAAGCGAGCGGCGCAGGAGGCGGCAGCGGAGGCAAUGCUGGAGGUGGAGGAGAAGCGAUCGCAAGCGAUUCACCAAGAAGCGCAAUUGUGUCUCGGCCGGACCGAUACUCAUCGCACUGCGCCAUCAAUCACAGCGGCCCAAAGGUCAUCGCAAGUCCGGGCUCAACUUUGAGCCCAUCUCGCCCAGGGAACGCAUACUCGAGAACUAUUUGGCGCCGAGGGAGCAACCCUUGACGAUUAAUUUGCCGCCCACGGUGGUGGAGCAGCCGCAACAGCAACAUCAACAUCAACAGC